GCUUUGCGGUAGCCCAGGAGGUAACAGGAGGGCGGAGGCACGAAUAACACCCAAAGGACUACAGUUUCCAGAAGCCCGCGCGCGCGCCGCGUGCCACGUGAGCGCCUGGCUGGCGCGCGCGCCUGGGGGUUCGGUCCCUAGACGCGUUCGCGGUUGCUUCCCUCUUUCCCUCUUACCUCGCCGCCUCCCGGCCUCCGCACCGACUCGGCCCGGGCUGGAGCUGAACCGGGGCCGAGCUGCAGGCCGAGCCGGAGCCGGAUCCGUGCCCGCAGAGACGUGGAAACAUGGAGGCCUGAGCCGGUGUGCGCCACCUGGGGCUGCGGCGGCGACCGCGACUUCUCCUGACCCCUCUGCCACCCGCCCGUCCGUCCGCGGGUCCGUGGAGCUGGAGCGGAUCCCCAGCCGGCUGAGACAGGUUGUCUUUUGGAAAUGCAGGUUUAAGGACAAAUUAUCUGCUUAAGCUAGAAGAUGGGAUCGAAUAGCAGCAGAAUUGGUGAUCUUCCUAAAAAUGAGUACUUGAAAAAGUUAUCAGGCACGGAAUCUAUCUCUGAGAAUGACCCGUUCUGGAAUCAGCUUCUCUCGUUUUCUUUCCCUGCACCAACUAGCAGUACUGAGUUGAAACUCUUGGAGGAAGCGACCAUUUCAGUCUGCAGGUCGUUAGUUGAAAACAAUCCUCGAACGGGAAAUCUUGGUGCACUAAUUAAGGUCUUCCUUUCUAGAACCAAAGAACUAAAACUUUCAGCAGAAUGUCAGAACCACAUCUUCAUUUGGCAGACACACAAUGCUUUGUUUAUUAUUUGCUGUUUGCUGAAAGUGUUCAUCUGUCAGAUGUCAGAGGAGGAAUUACAACUUCAUUUUACUUAUGAAGAAAAAUCUGGCAAUUACAGUUCUGACUCAGAAGAUCUUUUGGAAGAAUUGCUGUGCUGUUUGAUGCAGUUAAUCACUGAUAUUCCACUCUUAGAUAUUACCUAUGAAAUAUCAGUAGAAGCUAUAUCAACAAUGGUUGUUUUCCUUUCCUGCCAACUCUUCCACAAAGAAGUUUUGCGACAGAGCAUCAGCCACAAGUAUUUGAUGCGAGGUCCAUGUCUUCCAUAUACCAGCAAACUUGUGAAGACCUUAUUAUAUAACUUUAUCAGACAAGAAAAGCCACCUCCUCCAGGAGCCCAUGUUUUCCCUCAGCAGUCGGAUGGGGGAGGACUGCUUUAUGGACUUGCAUCAGGAGUAGCAACAGGACUCUGGACUGUCUUCACACUAGGUGGUGUGGGCAGCAAAGCGGCUGCCUCUCCAGAGCUUUCUUCCCCUCUGGCCAACCAGAGUCUCCUGCUUCUGCUGGUGUUGGCCAAUCUGACAGAUGCCUCAGAUGCGCCAAACCCCUAUAGACAAGCCAUUAUGUCCUUCAAGAACACACAAGAUAGCAGUCCUUUCCCCUCAUCAAUUCCACAUGCCUUCCAGAUCAACUUUAAUAGUUUGUACACAGCUCUUUGUGAACAGCAGACAUCUGAUCAAGCAACUCUCCUCUUGUAUACCUUGCUCCAUCAAAAUAGUAAUAUUAGAACAUACAUGUUGGCUCGCACAGAUAUGGAAAAUCUUGUUUUGCCAAUUCUUGAGAUUCUGUACCAUGUUGAAGAAAGGAAUUCACACCAUGUGUAUAUGGCCCUUAUAAUAUUGUUGAUCCUUACAGAAGAUGAUGGCUUCAACAGAUCCAUUCAUGAAGUGAUACUAAAAAAUAUUACUUGGUAUUCAGAACGAGUUUUAACUGAAAUCUCCCUGGGGAGUCUCCUGAUCCUGGUGGUAAUAAGAACCAUUCAAUACAACAUGACUAGGACAAGAGACAAGUACCUUCACACAAAUUGUUUGGCAGCUUUAGCAAAUAUGUCGGCACAGUUUCGUUCUCUCCAUCAGUAUGCUGCCCAGAGGAUCAUCAGUUUAUUUUCUUUGCUGUCUAAAAAACACAACAAAGUUCUGGAACAAGCCACACAGUCCUUGAGAGGUUCGCUGAGUUCUAAUGAUGUUCCUCUACCAGAUUAUGCACAAGACCUAAAUGUCAUUGAAGAAGUGAUUCGAAUGAUGUUAGAGAUCAUCAACUCCUGCCUGACAAAUUCCCUUCACCACAACCCAAACUUGGUAUACGCCCUGCUUUACAAACGCGAUCUCUUUGAACAAUUUCGAACUCAUCCUUCAUUUCAGGAUAUAAUGCAAAAUAUUGAUCUGAAAUUUCCAGAAUUGAAAUUCAAAUAUGUGGAAGAGGAGCAGCCUGAGGAGUUUUUUAUCCCCUAUGUCUGGUCUCUUGUCUACAACUCAGCAGUCGGCCUGUACUGGAACCCACAGGACAUCCAGCUGUUCACCAUGGAUUCCGACUGAGGGCAGGGUGUUCUCCUGCCCAGACCCCUCCAGCCAAGCAGCCCUUCAAGUUCUUUUAUUUCUGGGUAACAGAAGUAGACAGACAGAUUACUUGGUGUAUCUUCUGUUAACGAGGAUUGCACAAGUGUAUUUUCCUCACACACUUUGAUUUGGAGAAUUGGUGCCAGUUGGCAAUAGAUCACUCAGCGUAGAUAGUAGUGCAAAAAGGGGAGGAAAUACACAACAAUAAUAAAUGUAAAAACCUGCUAUUCAACAUGCAGUUUUAUUUCGAAGCCAAAAAUCUAGAGCUUUCCCAAGAUCCUGUUGCCUUAGGCACAUCACACUUCAACAGUGCACACUAUUCAACAGUGCACACUAUUCAAAAGUGUAGACUAUUUUUUUGCAUGUUCAAGAUAUUUGUUUUGGUCUUAUGUGUGUGUGUGAGAGAGAGAUUCCUUUGACAUUAAGGAGCAUCAGUGAGAAAAGAUGAUGAGGCAGGAACUAAUAAAGAAAUGAAGUCGUGUGUGUGUUUGGUUGCCUGUCAGAGGGCCUGUAAUUUCAUAAACACCAUGCCUGGACAAUUUGAUAUUAAUCUUUAACAUCUCUGCAUCUUUCCUUAAAAAAGAAUAUGGGCCAGAUACAGUGGCUCACAUUUGUAACCCUAGCACUUUGGAGAGCCAAGUAGCAGAAUCGCUUGAGCACAGGAAUCUGAGACCAGCCUGGGCAACAUAGUGAGAUCCCAUCUCUACAAAAAACUUAAAAAUUAGCCAGGCAUGAUGGCACAUUCCUGUAGUCCUAGCUACUCAGGAGGCUAAGGUGGGAGGAUAGCCUGAGCCCAGGAGUUCAAGGCUGCAGUGAGCUAAGAACGUGCCACUACACUCCAGCCUGAGCCACAAAGUGAGACCCUGUCUAGAAAAAAAAAAAAAAAAGGAAAAAGAAAAUGGCUACUUCUCAUGAAGCCCAGAUUAACUUUUCUGUGAAUAUCGCCUGUGAACUAUUGCUGGAAUUAAAUUGGAGUCUAGCACAAAUCAAGUUAAUCUACUCUGUAUUAAUCAUUGGCAAAAAGAAAAGCUUCAUUUGAAAACAGUCUUUUUCCUUCACCCACACUAAUAGGAAAAGGAGAGUAAUUUGUUCAUACUGUAUUCCACGUGGGAUGAAAAGCAUGUUUUGCUCUUUGUUUCUGGGCCUGUGUGAUCCGCGUGUUGGUGCCUGAGCUGGAGGAAGGAGCUUCUCGCAGGGAAACAGCCACUGGGGCCACACUGAGGGCCAGUUGGGACCUUCCUUUCCAGUCACACUCUGUGUCCUCACGGGCCCCUUCACAGUCUAGAUAAGGAGCCUAGUUUCAUUCUCAAAAAAAAAAGUAUUUGCUCUUCAACACAGAAAGCACAAAAGCCCAGACGAGACUGAGCACACUGUUCAAAUCCACUGCCAGCUCAUGUGUGUCAGGGCUGGCUUCUCCUGUCCCAUGUCCCAGGGCUGCAGGCCCGUGUCAUUCGAGUCCAUCAAAUCUUCCGAGGGCCUCGGAGGAGCCAUUCUCAGUCACCCCCAGCUCUGUAAAAGGUCAAAACACUGCCAGCCUCUCAGUGCACCACUGUGUGGGCUCCACACGGGAAGGCUUGGCCAAGCUGUGCUCCUAGAGGCUGUCGAGGUAGGGCAGGCAGCUUCCCUAUCCUCGUGUGGAUGGAAUGAAACAGAGGCUCCCUAAGGCCAAGGGACUUGUGGAGGGCCUAUCCCUGGUGGGGUCCCAGAGGCGAGUGCAGCUUGCCUCCUGUCCCCGAGGGGCUUGUUCUGUCAGGCCUCCUCCAGUCACUGCUGGAGUGGGGACUGUGACUCCUGUGUUCACUUCAGAGCCCAUGUACAGGCUAGAGGUGAGGCUUAGCAACAGCUUCUACUAAUACUUGGUCAGCUUUGCGGGAGAGCCAGUCUGAAGGAGGAGAAGCAGCGCUCUCAGCCAGCAGAGGGAGUGAUGAUUAUCAUUUCAGGUAGCAAGGAUAUGUAUUUCCUAUGUGGGGAAAUAAUUUGCAACUUUAAUUUGUUUCCAAAGCAUUUUGAUUGGCUUCCUUUUCCUUUAAACCAAAAAAUUGUUUAAAUGUUUAAGGGUCAUGUGGAACAGCUGAGCUUCUGGCAGGACCACAGAACUGUCCUCUGAGUCUGAGGGCUGGGCAGUGCCACAGGACAGUCCCUGGGCUGCAGGACUGUCAGUGCUUGUCGUGUGAGGAAAUGAGGCCCCUCAAAAACCCAGUCAUCUUGACAGAGGGCACACUCCCAAGGAAGGCCUGACUGGGGAAUCAUACAGCCUCUCCUCCAGGCCUCCAGGCUCACUGAGGUGCCCCCAGAACCCUGAUUGCCCUCCCCUCUUUCCCUUUUCUCAUUCAUCACACAGUAGAAGCACUCACUGGCUAAAAGCUCAGCUGGGGCAGCAGCCUCCAAGGAGGCCUGCAAGGGAUGCUCCCGGUCCUGGCUCCCGCUCAGGAGGGAGGCCCCACCACAAGCAUCACUGCCUCAGCUCUGCAAAGUCACCAGAGGCUUCUGUGUGAUUUUUGUGAAAGAUUUAUUAUAUGGCAAUAAAUCUGAAUGAUAAA